CAAAGCUAGAACCUGCAGCAUAGUUUGAUCUGGAGUUAGGGGGUCGUGGGCACCGUCAGAGAAAACUUUGCAGUUGCCACUCGAUUUUGCUGCUCCAGUUAGCGUGCAAACAAUGUUGCGGGGAGCAAUUUCACAAUGCCCAGCGGCAACGGACCGGGCUACUGCAAGUUCUGCGCGCUGCUUGGCGCCUGUCGCCCGCUCAAUUAAGAGCGUUGUUCCAGUUCGUCGCAUCCGUGCUGAGACGGUCAGUGGCCCGCGCGCCGGCCCUGCUGGCAGCUACUCGGGCGAAUGGGACAAGCUGUCAGUGGAGGAAAUUGACGAGUGGCAGGACCGGGGGCCUAAGACCCCUUUGCUGGACACCGUGAAUUAUCCGGUUCAUAUUAAGAACUUCAACUUGGACCAGCUGAAGCAGCUUUGCAAGGAGCUUCGCAGCGACAUUGUGCACACCGUCUCGCGCACUGGCGGACACUUGAGCAGCAGCUUGGGCGUUGUGGAGCUGACAGUUGCCUUGCACUAUGUCUUCAACACGCCGGAGGACAAAAUUAUUUGGGAUGUUGGCCAUCAGGCGUAUGGCCAUAAGAUUCUAACUGGUCGCCGCAAGGGUAUGGGCACCAUCCGCCAAACGAAUGGCCUUUCCGGCUUCACCAAGCGAGAGGAGAGCGAGUAUGACCCCUUCGGCGCGGGCCACAGCUCGACCUCCAUUUCAGCCGCGCUGGGCAUGGCUGUGGGCCGUGACGUGAAGAGCAAGAAGAACAAUGUGAUUGCGGUCAUUGGUGACGGUGCUAUUACUGGUGGUAUGGCCUACGAAGCCAUGAACCACGCCGGCUUCCUGGACAAGAACAUGAUUGUCUCCCUGCCUACCCAGUAUAACAACAAGAACCAGGACCCCGUGGGCGCUCUUUCCAGCGCUCUGGCGCGGCUGCAGGCCAACCGGCCCCUUCGGGAGCUCCGCGAGAUUGCCAAGGGAGUUACGAAGCAGCUCCCGGACGUGGUCCAGAAGGCGACGGCUAAGAUUGACGAGUACGCUCGCGGUAUGAUUAGCGGCACCGGCUCCACGCUGUUCGAGGAGUUGGGGUUGUACUACAUAGGGCCCGUGGAUGGCCACAAUGUGGAUGACCUGGUUGCCGUACUCAAUGAGGUUAAGAGUGCGGAGACGGUGGGGCCCGUGCUGGUCCACGUCGUGACGGAGAAGGGCCGCGGGUACCUGCCCGCGGAGACGGCGCAGGACAAGAUGCACGGAGUCGUGAAGUUUGAUCCGCGGACGGGCAAGCAGCAGCAGGCCAAGACCAAGGCGAUGUCGUACACUAACUACUUUGCGGACGCACUGACCGCGGAGGCGGAGCGCGACAGCCGUAUCGUUGCCGUACACGCGGCCAUGGCGGGCGGCACCGGCUUGUACAGGUUUGAGAAGCGCUUCCCCGAGCGGGUGUUUGAUGUGGGCAUUGCCGAGCAGCACGCGGUCACCUUCGCCGCGGGCCUAGCGUGCGAGGGCCUGGUGCCCUUCUGCACCAUCUACUCGACCUUCAUGCAGCGCGGGUACGACCAAAUCGUACACGACGUCUCCCUGCAGAAGCUGCCAGUUCGCUUCGCGAUGGAUCGCGCGGGCUUGGUGGGCGCCGACGGCUCGACGCAUUGCGGUGCCUUCGACGUGACGUUCAUGGCUUCGUUGCCGCACAUGAUUACGAUGGCGCCGUCGAACGAGGCGGAGCUGGUCAACAUGGUCGCCACCGCCGCCGCCAUCGAUGACGCGCCGUCGUGCUUCCGCUUUCCCCGUGGCAACGGCCUAGGCCUGGAUUUGUCGCAGUACGGCAUUACUAAGGACCUGAAGGGAACGCCGCUUGAGAUCGGCAAGGGUGUGGUUCGCCGUCAAGGCAAGGACGUGUGCUUGUUGGCAUACGGCAGCAGCGUCAACGAAGCCCUUGCGGCGGCGGAGAUGCUGGAGCGCGACGGCGUGUCGGCUACGGUCAUUGACGCGCGUUUCUGCAAGCCACUUGACACGGCUCUCGUGCGCAUGGCUGCUCGUGAGCACCCCGUGAUGAUCAGCAUCGAGGAGGGCUCCAUUGGCGGGUUCGCGGCGCACGUGAUGCAGUUCCUGGCGCUGGAAGGUCUGCUGGAUGGCGGUCUGAAGUUCCGCCCCAUGACCCUUCCGGACCGCUACAUUGAGCACGGGGACUACCGAGACCAGCUGGCCAUGGCGGGCCUCACGGCGCAGCACAUCGCCUCCACGGCGCUCACCACGUUGGGUCGGGCUAAGGACGCGGCCAAGUUUUCGUUGUCGGCGCUGACGCCCUCCGCAUAA